ACACAUACUCUUAGCCGACUUGAGGUCGAGAACGCCUUCCUACAGAACCAAAAUGACUCGCUCAACAGGGAUAUUCAACAUUGCCGGCAAACAGUCCAUGCACUAAAGAGAAUUCUGGCGCAGAAGGAGGACGUGAUUCAAAGAAUGCAAGAAGAGUACCGCCAAGCCUAUAUGAAGACCAAGUUCAUGGAAAGUGUGCUUGCUGAACACCACAAUAUUAGCUUUUCAGGGUCAGGGAAGCUACAGCAG